AUGGGGGACAUCUCCGGCGGCCCCGAGGCCAAUCUGGGGCUGACGGCAAGGAAACCAUUCUUUCUCAGUUCUGCUAUAUGUCGCUAUUUUAGGGCGGAUUACUGGAAAUCUCAGCCAAAAAAAUUCUGCGAUUACUGCAAGUGCUGGAUAGCAGACAACAGACCUAGCAUUGAAUUUCAUGAAAGAGGAAAGAAUCAUAAAGAAAAUGUGACAAAAAGAAUUAGUGAGAUUAAAAAGAAGAGCUUGGAAAAAGCAAAAGAAGAAGAAAACAUGUCAAAAGAAUUUGCAGCAAUGGAGGAAGCUGCAAUGAAAGCAUAUCAAGAGGAUUUGAAAAGGCUUGGAGUUAAGCCAGAUGAUGUAGGUCCCAGUUCGACGCAGAGUAAAACACAGAGUAACACAGUGGAAAUUAAAGGAAAGAAAGAAAAGAAGGAAAAGAAGGAAAAGAAGGAAAAAAAAAAAAAGACACCUCAAGAGACACCUCAAGGUACCUCAAGGCCACCAAAACUUGAAACGAAGGAGUGGGUACAAGGAUUUUCUCCUGAGGGCUACACAUACUACUACAACACAACCACAGGAGACAGCUCUCAAAACUCUAAGACGGCAGCAGAUUGGGUAGAAGGUGUCACUGAAGAUGGUCAUGCCUACUACUAUAACACGCAAACAGGAGUAUCCACCUGGGAGAAACCUGAUGGUUUUAUUUCAUCUUCAAAUGAGAGCAGUCAGCGUGACAAGCAUUCUGGGGAGCUUACAGAAACAGAUUCCAAAGCAUCUGAAACAGACUCUGAGAAGGAAGAGAGUGGAAGUGAAGAGGAAAGUCCAGAAAUAAAUUUCAAGAGGAAAGGAGAUAAUAAUGAGGAAACAGAGGAAAAGAAAUCUCCCAAAGCUAAAAAGUUAAGCCCUUAUGGUGAAUGGCGAGAAGUUAAGCAGGAGGAAGCAGAUGAUAAAGAGGAGGCUACCUCAGUUUCCCAAGAAACCUCAAAGAAGACCAACCCUUAUGGAAACUGGGAAGCAGUUAAAAAAGAGGAAGAAGACUCAGAUGAAAAAGUGGACCUGGAGCUUCCUAGUACAGAGAGUGACAAUAUGCCGCCUCCAGUGCUAGAAGUUCCAGAAGAUGCGAAAGUGAUAUUUAAAGAGAAGACAGUCACCUCCCUUGGAGACCUGUCAGAAGGAGUCCCAACAUUUAAAAAGAGAAAAUUUGAAAAUGGAAAAUCUAGAAACUUGAGACAAAGACUAAAUGAUCAGUAAUAUUUAACAAAUCAUUUUAGAUUCUGUUUAAGCUAGAGAGAAUCAAAAGUUUGAUAUUUUAAACAGGCUUUUUAUAAAGAAAAAGUUGGUUAGAAAUUAAGGGUUUAUAGCUCUUAAACAUAUGUGAGUUGUAAUAUUUUUUAAUUUUAUUUUGAUGUGAUUGCUUUUGGAAUGGAAGCUUGUGUUAUAUUACUUACGCAGUUUUGUAAAUACUUUUUUUUUUUUAUUUUAACCAUGCUAUCUAAGUUCCAUUUGCUCAGUGUAUGCUGUUUUAAAUACAUUAUGUAAGGUUUUUUACUCCUUUUCUAAGUAUGUGAGAAUGUAGUAAUCUGUAACUUGGCGAAAAUGGUACAGACCUUUUACUUUUGCA